AUGCUUCAGGACAUCCAACGUGUGUGUCUUGACUUUCCCAACCGGUCCUCCGACUCGCUGAAUCUCCUUCAAGGUUUCUCUCAACGCGAGUACUCGGGACGCAGCGAGUGGAGCAUGACCGUGCAGCGUAUCAUCGAUUCUUGGUAUUUCGGCUUCGGCAGCCCUGCAGUGGCUGGCUUCCUAGAAUCCUAUGCACAGGACCGAAACGGAAGCACUGUUGACACCUCCAUGCACGCUAAUAUUCGGGAGCAGUUGAAUGAUCUUCUGCGCAUAUCCAGCACCUGUCCUUUGCAGGAUGUUCGAGCAGCCUGUGAAAACAUAAUGGAAGAUCUAAAGGUAGACCGACGCCCACUUCCAGUCUAAACUGUAACUUGUAGAAGAAGAAGCAUUUCCCUGUCUUGCCGCCGCUCUAUCGGUCGCCAUCUUACAACUUCUCCUGCGAGGAGGUUUGUCAGUAUCUUUCGCCCUUAAACUCUAACCUCCGUUUAUAGAUGCCUCACCUCAAGUGCAUCCUCGAGAAGCCCUCUGACGACGAUCUCCUAUACACAGUAAGUUCUGUCAGUCUUGCUACGAUUAGCUGACUUUAUUGUCGUUGGUCAUGCACACCGCCACGAUCUUUCAGAAAGACGACAGCUCAUCAUAUAAACACUAUGGUACAUAGUUUUGUAGAUAUGUACUUCUGGCCUCGUCGAACUCUGCAUGACCACCAUUUUAUGCUCAACUCACUCGUUUAUUUCAUGGAUUUCGCAUCGGAACUGUUACGACUAGUCGUGAUCGGUCAUACUGCAGUAUUAUUUGCCACCGAAACUGUUACUAGCGACCAAACCUGGCUGUCAAGAGCCAAAGACAAAGUCCGAGUGAAUGAUGAGGAGUGCUAUUUCGUUGCUAUCACCUCCGGCAAUUUUGUCCUUUGCACUUCUGACGACCUCUGAACCCCUCGCAACCUUAGUGCUUGGAAUUGGGCCAAAAAGUACGAAUGAGUAACGCAGCAUCCGUUGGGGGGAUUCUUGUAUUGGCUUCUGAUUUCUCCCCCCCCCUGCCCAAUAUUUUUUUAUCACUCUGGGUUGUUUAGUCGGUCUUGCUAUCACCCCAUCCUCAAAUCAGUCCCUCUGGUCGCGUAGGGCGGGAGCACCAUCGAUCGGCAGCGCAAACCUUACUCGCUGAUACAGAUGGGUUGUCAUGGGUUGUGCCGAGCUGUAGGUGGCACUACACAGGGUCUAAGUUUUCCUGAAUCGGUCCGUGGACAUUAGUGACGUCGAGGUCUUCAACUAAGACAUUGAGGAAAGUGUUGAAAGCAGAGGUCAGGAACAUAUCUGACCCCCUUGUUGGUAGUUCAUGUGGCUGGCGGGCCAACAAGAGGCAAAGGUAAAACUUUAAAAUCCCAAAGCUAAAGUAGCGUGGAGCAACGUUGCCAGCGAUCAAUCCCCUUUCACGCGUCUUCAUUGCUAGCACACAAUCAAGGCCACAGUGGUCUUGUGGGACAUAAUCGCAUCCACUGCUGCAGCUGUCUCCAGUCUGCGAGGCAAAACCAGUCUCUUCGCUUCGCCGUCCAUCAUAACACCACUCCAAGACCUGUCAUGCCUACUCUACGUCCACGGGGACCAUUCAUCCACAGUUACUGUUGCUUGCCCACUGGGAACAGCUAUAAUAACAGCACGCAGUCAAACACCCCUCCCACGACAGCUCGGUCGUCGCGAUCGACGAAGUCUACCGCGUGCCUCACACAAUGGGUUCAGCCCUGAUGACUUGCGUGUGAAUUAG